UACUUCCGCAUUUGCCGUCUGUAAUAGACAUGCUUUAUAUCUAUGGUAAUAGCUUUUAUGGGAUACUGAAAGUUUAUAUUACAAUGGUUGUCGUGGCAGUGUGAUGGAAGUCACAGUACGGUUACACAUCACGCCAAACUCGUUUUAAAAUAUUUCGAAUAAUCACAAGAACCGACUUGAAUUGGUUUUGAUUCCUUGUAUUUUUUCUUUUCGUAUGCUGCUUGGACGAUUUCUCAGGAGGCUCGCCUUAUUCCUCUCUCUACAUUUCCCUGUCCCUCCUCCCUCUCCUUCCCUCCCUCUCCUCCUCCCCUUCUCUUUCGCACCCUCGCUCCCUACCCCAGCCAGGAUGGAAUCGUCCCUCCACAAACGCCGUCAUGUCAUCUGGGAGACAGAGGAGCUGGUGGCAUACCUCCACCCUCGGCCCUGGACCCCAGGCACUGCUGUCCUGGAGCCGAAGACCCCGGGGCACCACGGCCAGGGCCCAGGCGCGGGGGCGCUGUUCAAGCUGGAGGAGGACGCGUACCUGCGGCUCCUGCUGGGUGCCAGGGCUGUGGGAGCCCUGCUGUGUGAGCGGCUCGGGGUGAAGAGGUGUGCUCUGGUUUCCAGGCCACACGGGGACAGUCACAGUCCACCUCAGGUCCGGGUGCUGCCUCUACAUGGCCUGGACAACGAAUGGCGCCCCCACUUGGCGGGAGAAGAACACUACACCCACCAUGACCCUGGCUUUGUGACCUCCAAAAGCGGCCCCCGCUGGACGGACACGUCACUCCAGGAGAUCCAGGCCGAGAUCCGAUCCCAGCUUCCCUUCCCUGAUGCCCCGGUGAACCACACCUUCCUGGGGGAAGACCCGACCCACCCCUGCCUCUUCUCCCGGAUCGUCCGCGGCGAGGAGCAGCAGUGGAGGGUGUGGGAGGAUGAGGGACACGUCGCCUUUCUCACCCCCUUCCCCAACUCCCCCGGCCUCACCGUACUCGUCCCCCGUCGACCGCUGACCUCGGACAUAUUCAGACUGGAAGAGGGGGAUUAUAAGAGCUUGGUACUGGCGACCCGGAGGGUAGCACAGAUUCUGGAGGAGGGGCUAGGAGCCUGGGGGGUGGGGCUUAUUUUUGAGGGUUUCGAGAUUGACUACGCGCACGCGAAGUUAAUACCCCUCCUUUCCCCACAGUCCUCUGAUCAGGUCGACGGGGGCUCCAGCACCACUGGCCCCCCUCAGGCCCAGUUCAGCGAGACCUAUCCGGGGUUCGUUACCUCGGAGGACGGCCCUGAGGCCAGCCUGGAUAGUCUGAGGGAGCUCCAGGCCAAAAUCUCCCGGUUUUGAUAAUGUUACGGGUUGCCAUUUCCUGAUUUAGGUAGUGUGUGCUUUGACAUGGGAUGAAGGACACCACUGGUUUAGUACGGAUGUUUUGCCUUUUGACUGCAUUCGUCUCACUUGCAUUGAACUGCUGAGUGAUGUAAUAAUUUCGUAUCCUUUUAUCACUAGUAAGAUAUGCCACUUCCCUGUAAUCUAGAACAUGCUUGGACAUUGAUGAGGAGUGGCAAGGAUUGAAAUAUUAGCAAACAAUGGGGGGUGAUUUAAAUAUCAUCUUAGGAGAAUAAAGCACUCAGUGUCUUUAAAUGUCAAAGCACUUAACAGUGGCAUGGAGAAAUAUGAUUACUCAGUCCAAAUUAAUGUGUAACUUCUCUCCCGUUCAUGUUUAAUUUCAGAAGACAAAAUGCUCUACGGUUUAAAUGAGGGAACCCAUAGACAAGUGAGCAACUUCUCAGCAAUGUAAGACAUGUUGUCAGCUUGUAAUUUGGUUGAACUGUCAUUAAAUGCAUUGAAAUAUCA